AUUUGCUUGCUUGUGAGUGAUGGAGGAAAUUUAUGCCAGUGUUGAAUCUGCCAAACAAGACAACCCAAAACCAUCAACAAAUCACACAGGUUCAAAGACCUCUAAGAGGAAUGCGUCUUUAAGUAUUAUUGUGUUUUGGAGUCUGCUGGGUGUUUUACUUCUAACUAGACUUGUCACUCUUGGUGUCCACUAUUUCAUUGUGAUUAAGGACAGCGACAGCCUGAAGGCAAAUCUCUCCAAUGUGAGAAAAAAACUUGCCAUCAUGACUGAGGAAAGAGACCUGCUGCGUGCCAACCUCACUGAAAAUCUCAAAGAGCUUGAAAGGCUUCAGAGUUUGUGCAAACAGAAAAAAACAUGUCCUGAGGGAUGGAGUAAUUUCAACCAUAGCUGCUAUCUCCUCUCUGAAAGCUCUGGCUCCUGGGAUGCAGCCAGAAAGGAUUGCAGAGACAGACAAGCAGAUUUGGUGGUUAUUAACAGCCCUGAAGAACAGACUGCCAUCCUUAAAAUCGCCACAGAAGAAGCUUGGAUUGGUUUGAAUGACAAAGAACAGGAAGGAACAUGGAAAUGGGUAGAUGGAACUCCACUGACUCUGAUGUACUGGAAACAAAAUCAACCUGAUAAUGGUGGUGGAGUUCCAAAGUGGGGUGAAGAGGACUGUGUUCAUUUCAGUGGUAAUAAAAAACAGUCCUGGAAUGAUCGUUCAUGUUCAGACAAUUAUAAAUGGAUCUGCGAAAAACAAUUUUAGUUUGUUUGUUCAUUUCAGUCCAUUACUCUGUAGUGUGUUACUGAUGGUGUGCUUGCUGGCUGUGGUCCCAACUGCCUUCAGAUGAUUAACAUUGUCAUUUUGGGAAGAUCCAUCACCUUUCUUCCACAGAAAUUGUUUCUGUGUUGAGUUGAGAUCAUGAUUGUUUUUUUUUUUUCUUUUUUCUAUUGAUUGAUUGUAAUCUAUGAGUCACAAUACCCAGAAUUUUGGCUGGGUGGCAUGGGAUCAAAUACUGAUUUCAUUCAAUAACAUGCAAAUCAAUUUAUAACUUUUAUGUAAUGCUCUUUUUCUGGAAUUUUGGUUAAUAUUUUGUCUCUCUACAUUAAAGUGAAACAAAAAAUUGGAGACUGACUGUUGAUCCCUGUGAGCAAAUUUACACAUUCACAGAAGAUUAGAUAAGUGCUUAAUACAGGUACUGCCUUUUAGCACCUGUGGACAGUUAAACAUGCGUCCUGUAAAUAGGAAAGGAGUGAUUAAGCAGGGAGACAUGGCUUGUUGUUGCUAAAUGCUAGAAAUGGCAUGAUGCCACUUUUUUAUGUCCGAUACCGAUAUAGUAAAUUUGGA